CGCGGUCUCGUCGUCUUUUAUAUUUAUAUAAAAAGGUGGAGUUUGAACGAUUACCGCGUGUUUGUGUUUUAUAUGUAUAGGAAGUGAAGUUUAGUUAUAAGAAAACAAAAUGGAUUUUAAGGCUGAACAGUUCGUUGAUGACUUGUUAAGCGAUGAAGCACAUAAGCGACCUUCAGACGACGUCAACGUCGAAGACCUAGAAAUGAAACUGCCGGAAUGGUUUGACGAAAAGAAAUUUAAACAGGGUCGACGGUUCUAUUUGGACUUUAGCGUCAUGUUCACAGCCUCGAUGCUGCUGGGUCUGGUCGCGGUGCUGGCCGUCCCGUCGAUCCUUAACGUUCUCAUUGGAACCCGACGGUCUAACUCGGUGUACACCUCAUACAAGCGUUACUUAUCAACUUACUUCCAUACAAUGUCUUGGUUUAGAAAUGAACUUAAGCCUGGAUCAGAGUCCUGGCGCUCCCUUUACACAGUAAGAAGUAGGCACCUCCAAGCUAGUCGAGCCAGCAAGCUGAAGGGCAAUGGGAUAAUUUCCCAACGUGACAUGGCGCUCACGUUAUUUGGCUUCAUUGGUUUCUCGUUUCUUAAACCGGAGAAGUUUGCUAUCACACAGCUGCAGAAAGGCGAUUGGGAGGCGUAUAAUUUCACGUGGAGAACCAUUGGAUAUAUGAUUGGACUGGAAGACAGAUACAAUAUCUGUCGAGAAAGUUUCGAUGAAACGCGACAAAUAUGCAAAGUGAUAUUAAAGCGGGUCUUCACGCCUUGCCUAGAGAAUGUUCCAGAAUAUUUCGAGCAUAUGGCUAAGGUCAUGACGCAAGGUACUGGCACGGCGCUAUCCGCCAUAGAGCCAGCGUCUAUGGUCUACGCUGCCAAGUAUAUGGCGGAAGUACCAGGGUACGUGUACACCGAGGAUGACAGAAUGAAUCUACAGGAAACAAUUAAAAAGCACCUUAAAGGAAGAUCAACUGAUAUAGGCAUCGAUGCGGCUGAACUAUUAGAAACGUGCACUAUUGAUGGCUUGCCGAAGAGAACACCAAAUCUCUUGUAUUAUCAUGAUUACGACUCGGUGGAGACGUCGCCGGCCUACAAAACCCUUCCACUUACAGCAAAAUAUAUAUUAGCUUUUAACAGUAUCGUCGUCACGUUGUAUUCUACAUAUGUUGGACGAAUUUUUUUCAACUUCUACCUUGAGUUCGUUAUAUUUGUCAGCCGAUACUUUCCGUACGUCGCCAUGUGGAAAUUCGGUAUUAAGAAUGCUUUGAUAAAUAUGUUCAAAGAAGGCCCGGUAGACGAUGCUAUUCCUCAGCCAAAUUCCGAGUAUAAUAAGCCGAAACCUCGCGAGUCGUGGUACAAAGUGCUGUUUGAUUUCAUCUGGUAACAUGUACGUAUUAACAUACAUACAAUACAUGACGUAGAUGUGUCGUGACGUGUAUAAUCUAGUUAUUAGGACUAUAAGUACUAUUUAUUGAUUUCGAGAAACAAGAGUCUUUGUGGGAGGCUGUUAUGUGGGCGGAUAAACGGAUGGAGUAGCGGGAUAGAUAGAUGUGCAAUCACAUCAAUGGUUCGUUCUACAAAAACAUACUUGUAAUUACAAUUAUGUCGUUAAGGUCCAUUCGAUUGAUUGUAAUAUAAUUUUAAUUAUUUACAAUCACAACGUAACAUUGUCUGUACCAUGUUAUGUACGUCUAAUAGUAUUUUCCUAUAGCAAUUGCUUUAAGUAUCGACAAAUUAUAUAUUUUUUCAAUAUUUAUGUAUAAUUACCCUGAUAUUAUACGUAGGUAUGUACAUAAAAUGUCUAAACCGGUAGUUCAAUGUGGUAGGGCCGUCAUGGCGUCCCUUUGCGUCAGAACUUACACGGGUAUUCUCCAAAACAACCAUGAUUGGUCAUUAACUAUAUAAGUCGGAAGGUGACUCGUCGCUUUCCUCUCCACAAGCUACUAGAUCAACACGACAAUUAACCUCAUGCAAUAAAUAAUAACUCAGGUACACUUACAAAAAAAACUGCAUCGCAUUGAGAAAAUGUAAGUUGACUACAAUUAUCUUUGGUAAACGAUUUACGGCCUUACGAAUAAACGGUGCUUUGUUUAGAUAAACACAGAUUUCGCUCUUCAUUAUCAUAGAUUUGACAUUUGAAUGAAAAAGUCACAGCAUUGUAUAACUAAUCAACAGUACAAUACAUUUAGGUUUUAGUA